UCAUCACCAUGUAUGACAUCGUUGAAUGGCCCCACCACCAGCCAAACUUAUACUAUAAAUAUUACAUUCAAGGCUAUGGCCACAUCAACCUUCAUUUUCCUCUCUCUUUCACUCCCUCUCACUCAUUUUGAAGAAAAAUGGCUUUGUCUAGGAGGCCAUACGCUUACUCAAAGGUGGAUAAGGAGGACCCUGAAGACAUAAUCCAUCGAAGGGCACAGUUUUUGAUCCACAAAGUGUUGGAGAAAGCAGAUUCACGCAGAAAGGCAUCAUGCUUGAGAAUCAGAAUAUCCAAGUUGAAGGUGAAGAUUGGGAAGAGAUUAAGGAGACUUAGGAAGAGAAUUAUGUCAGGUGUAUCUGUGGCUAGGCUUGGCAUUCAUGGACAUCUUAUGACUCAAAUCAAAACAUGGAAGCGACUAUUUGGCCUAGGAAGACAAACGAUUGUAACCCUUCCUCCUCUUGUCAAAUGACGUGUAUCUAUGUAUGUCUAAACAUUUUACUAGGAAACUGAUUUUGUUUUAUGCAAUACAAUGUCAUGUUCCUGUUUUUCUUCUUUUCAUGUGUUUUCUUCCCACUUUUCUUUAGACUAUACAAAGAGUGAAAUGAAAUCA